CCUGGCUUCUCGCUCUACUGUGUUUCGGUCUUACUGUUUUCCCCUGGUGUGAGAGAGCUGAGCAGGUUCUGUGGGUAGCUGAGGACCAGAAGUAGGGGUGAUCGAUCAUCCUUUGAGGGCGUGACCAUUGUUGGAUUGUGUUUGGAGGAAGCAGAAGAGAAAAAGUCAACCGGGAGCAUCGUGGUCUAAAGGAAGCUGCGUUUGAUGAGCUGGUUGGGCAGAGAGAAAUGUGGCUACUUGGGAGGACAUUCCCAGGCCGGCAUCCCUGGAGCUGUCUUCAUAUAGACCUACUCUCAAAAGUCCAAAGAGGGCAACAUGGCCUUGACCCCCUCGAUUUUCCUAGAUCGGCCUUGAGUCGACCAAGAGUGUGCAAGUUCCUCUUCCUUCUUAGUAAAGUUGUCACAGGGAUACCCAUGUGUGCAGCGAUUGAGGGCAUGAUCCUAAACUACUUAAACACACAACACUUCAGACUGAUUGUUGAGUCUUCAGUCUGAGGUUCUUGGAGAGAAUGCAAAGAGCAAACUUUUUUUUAAGAUUUUUUUAUUUAUUAUGUAUACAAUGUUCUGCCUGCAUGUAUGCCUGCAGGCUGGAAGAGGGCACCGGAUCUCAUUGUAGAUGGUUGUGAGCCAUCAUGUGGUUGCUGGAAAUUGAACUCAGGACCUCUGGAAGAGCAGUCUUAACUUCUGAGCCAUCUCUCCAGCCGGCAAAGAGCAAUCUUAAACUGGCUCUGAACUGCACAUCGUUAGGACCAGCUUCCUCCCAGCCCUGUGUGGAAUCAUCGUUCUCCCUGGAUCCCCACAGAGGAGCCAAUCUGACAGAGGCCUCUGUCGGCAGAACCAGAGAUGGCAUCAGUGGAUUUCAAGACCUAUGUGGACCAGGCCUGCAGAGCUGCAGAGGAGUUUGUCAAUGUCUACUACACUACCAUGGAUAAACGGCGGCGGCUGCUAUCCCGCCUGUACAUGGGCACUGCCACUUUAGUAUGGAAUGGAAAUGCUGUUUCAGGACAAGAAUCCUUGAAUGAAUUUUUUGAGAUGUUGCCUUCCAGUGAGUUCCAGAUCAAUGUGGUAGACUGCCAGCCUGUCCAUGAUGAAGCUACACCAAGCCAGACCACAGUUCUUGUGGUGAUCUGUGGAUCAGUGAAGUUUGAGGGCAACAAACAGCGGGACUUCAACCAGAACUUCAUCUUGACUGCCCAGGCUUCACCCACUAACACAGUGUGGAAGAUAGCAAGUGACUGCUUCCGAUUCCAGGACUGGGCCAGCUAGUGGGGUGAGAAAGGCUUCUUGGCUUUGGCCCAGCUCUGCAGAGAAAUGCCAGUCACAAAUCUCAGGAUGUGGAGAACACAGUUCAUUUUGGUUGUCACAGCAGCACUGCAAACUGGAUGUUUGAGUCCUAGAAACCCCUUUCCUGGUUAUAUACUGGUUUUGUCAUAGUUGCCUUUUAAAAGUAGUAAACUUUCUAUUUUUCUACUUAAUCAGUAGAGACCCUGUUUCUGGAAGUUGACAAAUAAAUAAUAUAAAUGUGGC